GCACUACUCUCCCCCAAUCCCAGACACUCUUUGCCGCAGCUCCUGAUUGGACGGAUGCCGCAAGCUGGAAUAUAAACAAACAGAAGACAGGCGGCUCCAGACAGACACACAGUUCCGAUACACGCGACAGAACCUGCAACCGAACCGGACCUCGCACCUGAUCCAUCAGACACCUACGGAUCACCCCAAUCCGGUCCUGCACGGAUAGCUCAGGAGUCUCCCCUCCCUAACCCCGGUAUCAAGGCAACCAGCGCUUCCCAAAUUCAGCACCAGAAGCGGACAGCUCCCGGCCAGGGGGUAGUGGAUAGGAUUUGGGGCAGGGGGGUUAAAGUACCGUAGAAGCCGAGUGUUAGCGCGCAGUGGGUGGCCGUGUUACGGAGGGGCAUGGAUAGCGGGGGGCUGGUGUAGGUCAGUGGCACGUAGCACGUAGUUACUAAGCUCUACUCGAGAUGGGGGGCCGGCUGAGCAGACAGAGCAGCCUGGAGGAUGAGCCGGAGGACGGGGGUGAUUUCGGGGGUAUCCGGGGGGAUACAACUGGAUCCCGAGGAGACUUUGCAUUCACAUCGCUGAUCCUGAACUCGGAGCGAAUCCCCGGGGUCCUUCGGAGAAACAAAGCGUCCCCCUACGUGAGGCGAGUGGCCUGGCUCAGGGACAUCCAGGCGCUGAUCCGGGACCACAAGCAGGAGCGGGCGCUGCAGGUGCUGAAACUGCUCCGCAAGGACCUUGGCCUGGAGGGAACAUUCCUCAAUGACGUCCUGUACAGACAUGUCACCUUCCUGAACCUGGUAGACCCCAUAUCUCAUGAGCUCUUACUAAGUCUGGCCAGAGAGCUCCAGUGUCCCCGCAAGGAGCAAGACCAAAUGAGAUCCACGGACCGUAUCUGCAGGCAACUCAUCUACCAUUUGACACCACACUCAAAGUGGCAUCGACACAGCUUGUCACGCAGGAAGAGCCUGGCCAGCCUGAAGAACAGCCUGCUUCAGAAGUCAAAUAUAGAUGUACUAGAUCUCUCUGGUAUCCCAUUGUCCCCCCGUGAUGUACAGCGUGUGGCCCUUUACUUGCAGAGCAAUGGAGACAGCCUCACCAGUGUAGACCUGAGCUUCACUGAACUCACAGAUGACACUCUGGAGUUGGCUUUGGCCUCCCUUACAGCUCUCCCCAAUCUCACGCACCUGGCGCUCAAUGGAAAUCGACUUACUUGCUCGACCCUGAAGGACCUCAGCGAAGCCAUGAAGGAUAGUACCAACUUCCCCUCACUAAGCUGGGUGGACUUGGGUAAUAAUGUUGAUAUCUACUCCAUGCCUCAGCCACUGCUCCUUGGGUUAAGGCGACGUCUGUGCCAGCAGAACCUUCUUCCAACAAUCCCUGAGGCACAGGAUGGCGACCUGUCCGAGGGUGGUGUUCCUAUCCCUUUUCAACAGCUGCCCUGGGACAGGUGAGACCACUAACAGCAGCAAUCAUCGUUAUAGCAACUGAAUUCACCCUUCUUUCUCAAACCUGUGUUGAAACCACCUUAAACUUGGCAGGCUCGUACAUUCAACGUGCAACAGGUGGUAUGCCUCAGCCACAGAGAGUGGCCAUUAAACACAGAUGCCCCAUAGACCUACUGGAUGUCACAGCCUGAGUAACAAACCCAGUGACAGGCAAAGGGCAGCCCAUGACAACUCAGCUUCGGCCUCAUCACUGUGUGUUUUACAGAUUAAUCUCUGAACAAAGGGAGGCAGGGAUCACAGAAGUGCAGAGACAGAACUGCUGUGUCAGUGGAACUAGGAAUGGGUACUAAGCACCAGGGGAGGGGGCAUUAACAAGUAUAAUAUGGUAGAAUACUAAAUGGAUGUACAGAUAUCUUCAUUUCCU